GUUGCAACGAUCAGUCGUCCUAUGGGAAUCGCAUCGAGAUGAAGUUCACCGUAGCUGCUGCUCCGUUGCUGCUGCUGGUCAUCGGCCUGACCCUUUGCAGCGGUGCCGUACACUCAGAUGAUGAAAUGAGAAAAUUCACAAAAACUUGCGGUAAAGUCCUGCAAACUUCACCGGAAACCUUUCAGAAACUGAAGGACAAAGACUACGGCGAGGAUAAGGAUUUGUACUGUCUGGUUCGUUGCAUCGGGAUCAUGACUCGGUUCUAUGACGAUGAAACGGGACCGAACUGGGAGCUGGUAGAACAACACCUGGACGGUAAGCCCGGGUUUGCCGAAUAUCGCGAGGCCAUGCAACAGUGUAUCGCUGCGUUGGAUCCCACCGCCUACGGGGAGGACUAUUGCAAGAAGUCUUUCCUGUACUUCCAGUGCUCGAUGCAGGCUUACAAGGAGCACAUUCAGGGCAAGAAAACUGCGGAAUAAGUGAAAUUACUAACGCGCAAGAGCGCAUAAUUGGCAGUGUUUAGCAUAGGCACAGCAGAAAUAUAUUGUCACAAUAAUCUAUCUUACGUGGCUUUUCUGUUGAAUAGAAUAGGUAAAUAGUUCGAGCUGGUAAUGAAUUCAAUAAUCUAUCACUAACAUAAACAUUAACACUAAAUCUAAAAUAUAUACAUUAUCUCUAUAACUCAAUCAU